GAGAAUGGCCGUUCUUUCAGGUCUGCGCCACUUCUCCUUCACGAGCGGCGGCGGAGCCAUCGACGGCGGCUGCCGGGAGCUGAUGAAGAAGCGCGCGGCGGACCCGGCGGCGCAGAAGGCGGAGGCCGACGCCGGUGAGCGGUUCGACCCGGCGGCUCCGCCGCCGUUCCGCAUCGCCGACGUCAGGGCGGCCAUCCCCCCGCACUGCUGGGUCAGGGAUCCGUGGCGGUCGCUGUCCUACGUCGCCCGCGACGCCGCCGCCGUCGCCGGGCUGAUCGUCGCCGCUGUGUGGCUAGACAGCUGGCUCUUCUGGCCGGUUUACUGGCUCGCGCAGGGCACUAUGUUCUGGGCGAUGUUCGUCCUCGGACACGACUGCGGCCAUGGGAGCUUUUCAGAAAGCACGACGCUGAACAAUGUUGUUGGGCAUAUCUUACAUUCUUUGAUUCUCGUGCCUUAUCAUGGAUGGAGAAUAAGCCACAGGACCCACCAUCAAAAUCAUGGCCACGUCGAAAACGACGAGUCCUGGGUGCCGCUGCCUGAGAAGUUGUACAAAAAGCUAGGUUACUCGACCAAAUUCUUGAGAUACAAAAUCCCAUUCCCAAUGUUUGCAUACCCGAUGUAUCUGUGGUACCGAAGUCCAGGAAAAAGUGGAUCUCAUUUUGAUCCACACAGCGACUUGUUUAAGCCACACGAGAGAAAGCUGGUGAUGACGUCAACCAUUUGUUGGGGUUUGAUGCUUGCUUUUCUCUUCUACAUCUCCACCAUUAUUGGUCCACUCUUAUUGAUCAAGCUCUAUGUUGUUCCCUACUUGAUAUUUGUGGCAUGGCUAGACACUGUCACCUACUUGCACCAUCAUGGGCACGACAGGAAGCUCCCGUGGUACCGUGGAAAGGAAUGGAGUUAUUUAAGGGGAGGACUGACGACGGUAGAUCGAGAUUACGGAAUAUUUAACGGAAUCCACCAUGAUAUUGGGACCCACGUCAUUCACCAUCUCUUUCCUCAAAUUCCACACUAUCACUUAGUUGAGGCGACAAGGGAAGCAAAGAGGGUAUUGAGGGAAUACUAUAGAGAGCCCAAGAAAUCAGGACUAAUCCCUAUUCACUUAAUCCCCAAUUUGGUGAAAAGCAUCCAAACUGACCAUUUUGUUAGCGAUCAUGGGGACGUAGUUUACUACCAAACGGAUGAUAAAAUCUUUUCUUCCCAAUAGACCCUCUAAACACCAUCAUCAUCAUCAUACCCAAUAAAAUUAAUCAAGGUUUGUUGCAAGAUUUUAGAUUAAUUGAAUUUGUAGUCCUAUCUUUAAUCAAUAUGCCUCUAGUGCCAUAUUAUUACUCGAAACACUCGUUUUUUAAGAUCAGUUUGGUAAGAUUUUGGCACUAUUUUAUGUUGUUUUGUCAUAAUUUUGUUUAGAGAAAUUCUACAUCUGCUGUUGUGUUGAGCCUUUUCUUUCUUCCAAAUUUUGGUGGACGUUUGGAUAUUGUAUUGAGACAGAUGCAGAGUUGAAUUGCUGAACUUUAUGUUUUUACACAAAUAUUUUGUUAUUUGGAGCCAUUACAUGAUUCAAACUACUUAUAUUUCUAACUCAUGUUUGGUAUUGGGUUAGGUCCGCCUAUUCUUUA